UAAAUUCCAUUUCUUAUAUAAGCAUACUUGUAAGUGAAAAACAUAACAAAGCAACACAAUAAAGAAAGAACCAAAAAGCUUUUAAAGCAGUUCGGCUAAUCUAUAUUGUAAUUUGUUUUAGACAAGAGAAAGUGUCUGAUCCAUGGCUGCAUCCAGAGAGUUUAUCAUAUGUUUCAUCUUAACACUUCUGUUGUGCACUUUCUUCAUGAGAGUCGAGUCUAGUGCUGCAGACAUCAGAGGAGGAUGUGGCGGCGGUGACGGCAGUUUUCAGGAAGAUAAUGAGCGGUGUGUAGAGAAGGCCAAAGAUGACGACGACGAUGACGUGGAUGAUGUUUUCAAAGUGAUUAACAAGAUGAGGAUAUAUGCUUGAUCAUGGUUCAUCUUUUAAUUAUAUAUAGGGCUAUAUAUAUUCAUACAUUUUGUUCGUUUUAAUUUUAUUUUCUGAAGUUUGUUUCUCGUUUCUUUGUUCUUGUGAUCGACUCUUUUUUAUUUGUGUUAAUUAAUUUAACUUAUGUUUCAUUUUCCCAA